CGAACAAUGUGUUACCGGCAAAGUCAGUGACAUUAGUCAAAUUCCGACAGAAAGCAAAUUAACAAAUCCGCGAAUUCACCGUUCGCCAAUUAAAAACAAAGACUAUGUUAAGUGGAUAGUCCACGCAGUGUUUACAUACCCGCGCGAUAAGAGUAUCCAGCUAUGACGGAGCCGAUGUCAUCACAAACGCAAGAGGGUGCACAAACCAGUACGCUAACAGUCACAGAAAGCGAACAGCCACAGGACGUUCACACGGUUAGACUAAAACUCCGCAAGCCUAGGACGGACAGGAAGGUGCAGUGGAGCUCCGAAACCGUCGACAAUGAACACCUGAACCGCAAGAAGUCCAAGUGCUGCUGCAUCUACGACAAGCCGCGUAAAUUCGGCGAGAGCAGCUCCGACUCGUCCGACGACGAAUGCGAACACUGCCACGGACACGUGGAGAAGAAAAAGAAAAGGGGUCCGUGCAACAGCUCAAGCAGCCCGUCCCGACCGCCAGACCUGCCAGAUUCCAGCCCCUUCGACGGUGACGGCCACCUGAACGGGCCCGACUCGAGUGGGCCCGUUCAGGAGGCGUCGGUGUCCGAGACGAGAUUCGAAGACAUUCCACCCCAACCCGACUCCACGUCGGAGAAUCCGUAGGAAAUGGCUAGGUUUUAAUGGGCGUGGAAGUGUGUUAAUGUUAACUUCAACCUCUGCAGUAUUUUUAAGUGUAAAAAUUAAGAUAUUAAAAUUAUACAAAGAAUUUAAAUUGAUUAUUAAGGUUGUACAGUGUAAUUGGUUCCUAACAUACUUUUUAAGUGCAGAAGUUGGAUAAUUUAUAAGAUUAUUAAUUUAUUAAACAAGUUUAAAUUUAACGUAAUUUAUUUACCUUUACUCUACCAACUGUAUGAACUGUAAAACUUGCUGUUUAUAACUCUAGUAUUUAUAUACGUAUUAUUAAUUGAUCUUACCGAGGACUAAGGCUAUGGAAUGGAUAUUUUAUCGCAAUUUUAUAUUAAAAUUAGACUCCAUUCAAAUAAUUACAUAUUAAUUGGACCAUUUUAUAGAUAGAGAAAUUAUACAAUGAACGUAUUAUUAACCUAAGUCGUCGUUUACAAGGUAAUAAUGAUCUUCGCUACGUAUUCCGCAUUUAGUCUUGUGAUGUAAAAAAUCGAAAACAAUGUAAUCCCCUGUAAACUAAUUGAUAUAUUCCCUUUACUUGUGUCCAUCAUGAGAAGACUUAGAGUAUUAAAUAACAAUAAUUUUUUAUUGUACACAUAUUUCCAUUUCUGCAUUGUUUAAAUAUAUGACUGUCUAAAGAUCAA